AUUCCCCGUCUCGAGUGCGUUGGGGCUGUCUACUCCUGCAUUCACGGCAAUGCAUUGCCAGUUGUCUGCCUGCCACGUCUACGCCGCGAUUGGCCCCUGGUGAUACCAUAUACCCCCCUACCAGCGAUGCAGACCUGAGCCCUGCUGUCUGUUCCAUCUCCGAACCUGCGCUGAACGAUGCUGCGUAUGCUGGAGGCCCAGGCGCCGGCCAAGCAGACGGCUACAGACACCAUCAGCACCCUCAGCAGCCGCCUGACCAAUGCCACCCUCCUCGAGGACCGCCGCGGAGCCAUCUUGGGGCUCCGCAGCUUCGCCAAAGAAUAUCCUGCAUCAGUGGCAUCGGGCUCGCUUCGUGGCCUUAUAAGUUGCUUGACAAAGGACGCUGAGGAUGUGGACACAAUCAAGGUGGUCCUCGAGACCCUCUUGAUGCUGUUCAACCCCAACGAGACAAGUCCUGAAGCCUCCGACGAGAUCGCGCUAUGGCUCGCAGAUGAGUUUACGCAGCGGCAAGAUAACAUAACGAUCCUCCUCGACCUCCUCGAGACCCACGAUUUCUAUUCCCGACUGUACGCGUUACAAAUCAUACAAGCCAUCUCGAGUGCACGCCCAGACAGGACUCAGGAGUGUGUCUUGACGGCCCCCUUCGGCACCACAAGGCUGGUAGCAACCCUGGACGACCCUCGAGAUGCGGUACGGAACGCUGGCCUCAUGGUCCUCAAUGAUCUGUCCCAGUCGUCAACAGAGCUUCAGAAACUGUUCGUCUUCGAGAACGCGUUUGAGCGCGUCUUUAGUCUCAUUGACGCCGAAGGAUCCCUAUCACAAGGCGGCAUCAUCGUUCAGGAUUGUCUCUCGCUACUCGCAAACCUCGUGCACUACAACGCCUCCAAUCAGACCGCGUUUCGGGAAACAGGCGGUGUUGCGAGGCUCGCAGCACUAUUGCCAGAGCCGGCUAUCAAGAAGGCAAAGUCGCCGGGACCACCAGAAGAGGAAUGGACGAGCCCUCAGAAAGACAAGAAUAUAUGGGGACUACUGGCUAUUCUGCGCAUGUUUCUUCUGAAAGGUAGCACAAGCACUCUACUCAAUCAGAAUGCAUUCCAAAAGCAUGGGCUGCUACAGAAGGUGUUGAACAUGGCAUUUGACAAAGCGACAACAAUUCCUAUCCAAGUCGAGGCAUUGAACACUUGCGCAGACAUGAUCAGAGGAAACGCUCGCCUACAAGAAGGUUUCGCGCAACUCCAAGUCAGUCCCUUAGUCCAAACACAACCAGAGACAAACGGAAAUGCAUUGCCCAAUGGUGUUCCCAAAGUCUACGUUAUCGAUGCCUUGCUUGACCUCAUCCUAAGUCCCGCGUCGACGGAGCUUUUCAAUGCCAGAUUCGCAGCUUGCGAAUGCAUAAAAGCCUACUUCUACAACCACACUCCAAUUCGACUGCACUUCCUAAAGAGAGCAAUCGAUGGGCAUGUCUCUGGCGCAGAUGAAACGGCCAAUGUUCUCACCACGCUCGUCGCAGGCCCACAAGGCUCUCAAACCAUUGACCCCUACCGUACCUGGUUUGCGGCCAUAUUGGUGUUGCAUCUCAUCUACGACGAUCGAGAAGGAAAGGAUCUGCUCAUGGCAGUCGCAGAAGGGGACGCGGAAAGUGGAGAGGAAGUUGUUACCUGCAUCCAAGCCAUUACCGGAAAUCUCAUUGCGAGCUUGCAAAUCGGAGAAGAUGAGCGGAUCUCGAUCGGCUAUCUCAUGCUCCUUUGCGGUUGGCUAUUCGAGGACGCCACCGCGGUCAAUGAUUUUCUCAACGAGGGUAGCAGUCUUGAGAGUCUAGUCAACGCUGCAUCGAAACCAGGCGCCGACCUAGCUAUCAUUAGAGGUCUUUGUGCUGCCCUUCUUGGAAUUAUCUACGAAUUCUCCACGAAAGACUCCCCUAUCUCGCGCCGCGACCUCCAGCCAUUCCUCACCACCCGCCUCGGCCGAGAGAAGUACCUGGACGCCAUCACAAACCUCCGCCAACACCCGCUUGUCCGCGAUUUCGAAGUCUCCUCUCAUGCCUCUGCCUCUGGCGGCAACCUGCCGGAGGUUUACUUCGACACAACCUUCGUUGAUUUUCUCAAAGACAACUUCAGUCGCCUGUCCAGAACCAUCGACCGCGACCCAGGACUAGAGAUCCACCAGACCGAACAAGGCAUCGACAGAGACCUUGUCGACUCCCUCCGCGGCCAACUCGAUGAAAAGAUCCAAGCCCUUGAAAAAGCGCAAGCCGAACUCCUCGCCAUGGAGCAGAAGCUGAACCAAGAGCUAGCCGACCACCGCAAAACCCAAGACCAGUCGCUAACCCAACUCAACACCAUCAAGCGCAUCAACGAAGACCUCCACCGCACGCACGACGAAGCCGCCGCGAAGCUUGACCGCGAACACCGCCAGGCCAUCCUCGACCUCGAGAAUAAGCAUAACCUGCAGUUAGCUGCGCUGAAUAAUAAACUCGCGCAGACACAGAGAGAGACGCCCCUCGCUGUCGCAAAGACGAAGCAGGAAUACGAAGGCAGACUCCACGACCUGGCCAAAGCACUCCGCGACGCCGAAAGCCGCAUCGAGAAAGCAGAAGAGGAGCGUAGUGAUGCGCUAGAAACCAUCCAGAGCUUCCAAGCCACCCAGCGCCGUACGAAAGACGAGAUCGCGCUCGUGCGGCAGACCAUCUCGACCCUUGAAGCUGAGCUGAAGAAAGCGGAGAACGAGUCCGAGGCGUUGAAAGAGGAGAAAGCGGCCAGAGAGACUGAGAUGGAGAAGCUGAGAGCGGAUAACAGGCAGCUGAAGACGGAGGUGCAGGAGAAUGUGUGGAAGGUCAAAGAUGCGCAGGAUAAAAUGAAGAAGGCGGAGAAGUGGCUUGAGGAGAAGGAGGCGGAGAGGAAGAGCGUGCAGACGGAGUUGGAUGAUUUGUUUGUUGUGCUUGGGGACUUGGAGGAGAAGCGAGGGAGGGAUAAGGAACGGCUUAAGGCGCUUGGAGAGGAGAUUUCGGAUGCAGAGGGUGAUGAUGAGGAGGAGGAGGAGGGCGAAGGUGAGGAUGAGGAUGCCGGGGAGAGUGAUGGUGUCGAUUGAUAGUGGUGUUCAGCAAAAGAGCUAGGGAGCUGAAAUUUUUCCAAAAUGUGUCGAGACACGGCAGACAGUAGCAGAAGAGUGAUACAAUCGGUUGUUCGGCAUGCUGAUCCAAGGUAGACCAUUCCUGUCUAUACCGAUUUUGAUGGUGGAGGACGUAGGGUUGGCAAGUAAAUGGUAAAUCUGCAUUUGUCACUUCAUUGCUUCCCAUACUCUCUUGAUAUACGAAGCCGUCUUAGACGUUGUCGUCAGUGGGCUAUGGCUUCCCGUGAACGGUGAGAUAUGCCCCCAAGGGUGGCUUUUCAAGUCUAAUACCUUUCAAAUCAUUAUCUACGCCCUCAAGAUCUUGGGUUCUCUGAAUAUGUGUGAAGCCAUCUCUGACAUCGUCGUCCUC